AGUACGAAAUACGGAUUUUCUAACUCGAUUACUUUGUGCCAAUACCGCUAACCUUGUUCUUUUCAUUAUUAUCGCAAUACUACGAUCUAUUUCUUCCCUUCUUACUCCUUUCUUCUUAUAUCGACUAUUGGGUUACAUGUCGAAUAAUGAAAAUAAAGGUUAUACUGAAGAACCUUAUCUUUAUGUAUUUGGAAUAUUAUGCUCUGAGUUUGCCGGUGUUGUUUUUUUAAACCAGUUAAACUAUCAAAUGUCAUGGCUAAACAUUCGUGUUGAACAAAUGUUGAGCUUAUUAGUAUAUGAAAAACAAAUAUGCUUAAAAACUACUCAAACUAAAAUCAAAGGUGGAAGGCCAUACAACGUUCUGACAAGUGACGUUUAUGAUAUUGCUGGCUUCUUUUCCAAUCUUCCUUUUCUUUUAACAAUUCCUUUGGAAGUAAUCGCGACAACGGUAUUUUUAUAUUAUUUAUUGGGAAUGUCUAGUAUUGCUGGUGUG